AGGAAAGCGAGCCAGGGAAGGAGGGGAGGCGGCAGAAAAACGCCGCCGCUCCUGGCGCCCGGAUCUCAAAGCUGCCUUUUCCUGCUCCAGCGCAGGGAAAGCGGGGGAAGCAAGCAGCAGGCGGGGGGCUUCUCCUUCUCCUCCUCCUCCUCCUCCUCCUCUCUCCCCCUUCUUGCUUGGCUUCCCUGCCUUUCCAGAAAGCCUUCUAAGUCUGGCUUGGCUUGGGGGUCUCGCGCACCUUGGAGAGAGAGAGAGAGAGAGAAAACACGCGCGAGCCCACGUUUCUGCACAAACAGCGCUCGGAGUCACGCAGCCACCUUCCAGCCUCGAUUGCCCGUCUGCACUGUCUCUCUUCUCCCAGAUUUGCUUGAGAUCCUCGCCGCCGCUAGAGAAGAAACCUCCAAAGCCACUUUUGGGAUCUUAAUUCGGGGAACAGCCCAAGCUUUCUCCCUUCGAGCCCCUUCUCGACGUCUCUGGCCAUGCCUUCCUCUGUAGUGUAGUGAUGCCUGGCUUGGGAGCGACUCCGGAUUGACGAAGAGACCUCUGGUUCAUUGAGAAAGAGAGAGAGAGAGGACAAGGCAACCUCGCCCCGAUUGACAGAAAAAGGGGCGCCUUCACAAACAGCUCUGAGAUUGGUUUGGGUUGCUAUUUAUUCGCCUCCGGGGGAAAAAUAAAGGAAGGUGGGACGCGACUUUUCCCCCUCCUUGGAUUUCGGAAAGGGAACUCAGCAAGCCGACGUCUCAAUGAUUCUUCUGGCUUGCAACCUGGACUUGAAGAAUUCAGAUGUGUUCUAACCCUCCUGGAGUGAUCACUCUUCAGAGUACUGAUGGAGACAAGAGCUCAGAAUGGCAGCGGGUCACAGCCCUUACUACGGAGUCAGCAUGACAGUGGGAGACAGUUUGGUGACUCUGACCCAAGGGAUGUUCUGGUGCAGCAAGUUCACGUUUUGUCCUUGGACCAGAUCAAGGCAAUCCGAAACACAAAUGAGUACACGGAACCGCCAACGGUUGCCCCGCGGCCUGGGGUAAAACCUGCAUCACGUCCUCCAGCCCAGCACAAAAGUGAGAGGCCACAUGGAUUGACUGAGCAGCGGCAUCUCAGCAGGGUCCAGCAUCCCCCAGCCCACGUCUCUUCUCGAGCCCCCUUGUCCCGUUCCAUUAGCACAGUCAGUACUGGCUCACGGGCCAGUACAAGGACAAGUACCAGUAGCAACUCCUCAGAACAGAGACUUCUGGGGUCAUCUUUGGGGACGGUUGUGGAUGGGAUAAUCCGAGUGCAGCCCAAGUCAGAGCUGAAGGUGAGUGAGCUUAAGCCCCCCAGCAAAGAAGACCUCCAGAUGCAUGUCUACCGGUGUGAGGACUGUGGGAAAUGUAAGUGUAAGGAGUGCACUUAUCCACGAACCCUUCCUUCCUGUUGGAUCUGUGACAAGCAGUGCCUUUGCUCACCCCAGAAUGUGGUUGAUUAUGGGACUUGUGUCUGCUGUGUAAAGGGGCUUUUUUACCACUGCUCCAACGACGAUGAGGACAACUGUGCCGAUAACCCUUGCUCUUGUAGCCAGUCUCACUGCUGCACUCGGUGGUCCACCAUGGGGGUUGUAUCCCUCUUUCUGCCUUGCUUGUGGUGCUACCUGCCGGCCAAGGGUUGCCUUAAAUUGUGCCAGGGCUGUUACGACCAGGUAAAUCGGCCUGGCUGCCGCUGUAAACACUCCAACACCGUGUGCUGCAAAGUUCCCAAUGUUCCACCCAGAAACCUGGAAAAGCCAACAUAGCAUUACAGAUCGGAAGUGUGGCAAAUUACAAGGAUUCUUUUGUAACAUCGUAUGCAGCCAACUAGAAGAGCUAUAAUUGUGGCACUGUUAAAGAGGAUUGGGGGAGGGUCAGGGGACAUUGAAGUUUGCAGUGACCUGCUUUUUUCCUGUGUGUUUGUAUGGGCCUAGUUAAUGGAUAUGUAUCUUAGAAUCUACCCAUUGGAGCUCAGAAGGGGGUACACUUUGCAGGACCCAAAUAUUGCAUAAGCUAACGCAACUCAGACACUCCUAGGCAAUCUGUUAUGUUGUGUGUGUGUGUGUGUGUGUGUGUGCGUUUUGGGUUUUUUAAAAUGAAUAGUACAUUUGUAAAUUAGAAGACUACUUCACCCCACUCCCAAUUAUUUUCUGCCAGAGAUGUGCUAUAUAUUUUUGUAUAUAGGAUAUUUUCAACUGUGAAAACAUGAGUGUCAUAGAAUAUAUGGCACAGGUCACAAAAUAUUAUACUAAUAUGUUGUACAUUCAAAAGAAUGUGAAAUCAAUCAGUAUGUUUUAGAUUGUAUUUUGCCUUACAGAAGCCCCUGAAGACUCUGAUUUCCCCAUUUCCCUUUUGGACUUCAUGUAUAUUGUACAGUUACAGUAAAAUCCAGUCUUUAUUUUCUAAUUUUUUUUCAACAUAUUGUUUAGUGUAAAGAAUAUUUAUUUGAAGUUUUAUUAUUUUAUAAAAAAAGAAAUAUUUAUUUUAAGAGGCAUCUUACAAAUUUCACCCCUUUUUAUGAGGAUGUCACAGUUGCUGCAAAUAAGGGGUGGAAGAUACAUAUGUUCCCUAUAAAAUAGAAAAUAUAUUAACGUUUGAAAUUAAA